UGAAGACAAUGUCAUUGAUAGCUCGAUAUGGAAAUCGUCGUGUUCAGAUACAAGAUUAUAGAUUGGUGAGACAUGAAGUGCCUAGCUUUACUGACGAUUUGUGCCCUUCUCCAGGGAUUCAUGUUCCAGGAGUCCGGCGAGACUGAGAAUAUAAGAUUCUAUUAUGAACCUCAUACGCACAUGAUGGUGAUUACAAGACAAGCCACGUGUUACAUGAUUGUUCUUACUGCGGACGAAAAGGCCAUGGUCCAUACUGACACACUUCUCCGUAAAUUGGAGUUGCAGCUUCUAGUACGAAUCAAUGAUCCAUCAACAACACUUACACCUGUACCACAUUUCUCCCUUCAUUCCAAUCUACAUAAACAAUGCGGACGAGAUAUGGCACAGUACUAUAUCAUCCAGUAAAUUAUGUUCGUGCAAUUUUGAUAUGUCUUUAUAUGUAUCAAAUUAGAAAGAAAUUAAAUCAUUUAUGAAUCCACAAAUCAAA